UUUUUUUUUAUUUUAAUUCUUUCUCUUCACCUAUUCUCAUCAAUCAACAUCUAUUUAAACAAAGUGCUUCUCGCACACUUCCCCGCUAUCAAAUUUUCAACCAUCCAUUCAUAUCUUUCUUUCCUAUCUCUCUUUCACACAUUGGCAUCAAUGGAGUCAAUGGUAUGCACACCAAACAUGCUCCCUUCAUCCACACCUUCCUCACCUUCCUCACCUUCCUCACCUUCCUCACCAUCAAGCAGCUCAAGUAGUUGCAAAUCUGUACAGUUCUCAAGAUUUGUCAAGAUCUCUUUCACAUAUGAUGGCGACGAGUAUGAUCGCUCUGCCCUCGAACCCUGCAAGCUUUCAACGACAGAGGAGUCUGAGCUACUACAGAUGCGCAAUAGCUGGCGGCAAGAGAUGAACGAACGGUUGAACAUACUUCAGAGCACUGCAGAUGAUCUUGAACUAUCACCAGAACAACAACGCUCAUGCGCCAGUCGCGUUUCCCCUCAUUCGCUUCUUCAGUCGGCAUCUACCUGUUCGCAUUCAUCCCCUCCAUGCUCUCCUGUUCUCUCUCACCAUGACAGUUGCAGCAGCAGCAGUGACGACGAAUAUGAGUCUGUUCUGUCUCAACGUCCUCAACUUACACCCCAACAGCAGCAACAAUACCAACGUUUGAAGCGCUUUGGAGGUAGUGGGAACGCUGUGAAUGGGAUGAUGCACCGACAUAAUCUUGAUCAAUCAAAAGAAAAUGUACAGUGCAUCGCCUAGAUUCAAGUCAAAUCGAGUCUUUUUUCUCUACCAACAGGGGCGGAAUACAAUCAAGCCCAUCCACGACAAUCACCAAAUUAUUUUGAUCCCACAUUGUUUGAGAUUCAUUGUUACUUUCUCUUAUUGCCUGUGCUUACGGAUCAAACCCAAGCUAGUGUGAAACCUUCUUGUCUGGAACUGUUCCCGACGUAAUUGUUUUCUCACUUUGCCUCCACA